AUGAGAUUUCUGUUUCUACUGGUGGUGUACGUGUUAUUUGCUGCCGUGGCAGCCCUGUCCAAGCUCCAGGCUACCUCCUUGUUGACGUGUAUGGACAACUCCCAGAUCCUGGCCUCGUACUUGGAUGUGACUUACUUUGAGCUGAAUCACUCGGUCGUGGCCAACGUCAUGGCCAUUUCCAACAUGAACGCCAACGUCACCAUCAACGUGGAGUUGAUUGUGUACGGCUUGAAGGUUGUGUCCCAGAACAUUUCCUUGUGUGACUAUGCUGACUUCGGCUCCGUCUGUCCGCUCAUGCUGGGCCGCUUGGACUUCAACAUCGACCAGGAGCUCUCCAGCGACAUUACCAGCCAGAUCCCGGGCGUGGCUUUCACCAUUCCCGACAUCGACGCCAGAGUCAGGAUUGCUCUUUACGACCAGGACACCGAUGACGCCUUGGCGUGUGUGGAAGCUGUGGUUUCCAACGGAAAGACUGUCCAGACGAAAUACGCCGCGUGGCCCAUUGCGGCCAUCGCAGGUCUAGGGCUUAUCACAUCCGGUGUGGUCUCAGUCAUGGGUAACUCGAAUACGGCGGCUCACAUUGCUUCCAACUCGAUGUCCUUGUUCGUCUACUUCCAGAGUUUGGCCAUCACCUCCAUGGAGGCCGUGGCCAAGGUGCCUCCUAUUGCUGCCGCCUGGUCCCAAAAUUUCAUGUGGUCGCUUGGUAUCAUCCGUGCGGGCUUCAUCCAAGACAUCUCAAACUGGUACUUACAGGCCACUGGUGGCAAGCCAACAGAUAUCUUGGAUAACGACUACUUGUCUGUCUCCGUGCAGAAGAUGAAGAGAUCUCUCGAGUACAUCUCUAUGGCCAUGUACGACAACCAUUUGGUCAACAGCUUGCGUUUGCACAAGCGUCUCUCCGUUUCCAUUGAUUCCGACAAUUUCGGUUUGUCUGACAACUUGAACUCCACAUUGUACACCACGGACGAAAAGGACCCCGAACUUGGUGGCAAGGUGUUGAUUUUGAGAGGUAUCCAGAGAGUGUCCUACUUGGCUGGUAUCGAGAUCACUGACUUGUUCAUGACUUCCAUCAUCUUCGUAUUCUUUUUCGCCUUUGUUCUCGUUGCUUGUAUGAUGUUCUUUAAGGCCAUUAUCGAGAUCUGCAUUCGCUCAAAGGUCAUGAACGAGGGCAAGUUUAACGAAUACAGACUGCAAUGGUCUAGCAUUAUCAAGGGUGCAUUGUACAGACUUUACCUUAUCGCUUUCCCUCAGGUAUGUGUCAUGUGCUUGUGGCAAUUCACCGCCCAUGAUUCGGCGGGUUACGUUGUUGUCGCUGCAUUUUUGUUCCUCAUCACUAUUGUCCUUCUUGGCUAUUCGGCCGGCAGAGUGAUUGAGUUUGGACGGAGAUCUGUCAGAGUUCACAAGAACCCUGCCUACCUCUUGUUCGGUGACACCAAGUUCUUGAACAAGUUUGGCUUCGUUUACGUUCAGUUCAGAGCCGAUUGCUACUGGUUCGUGGUUACUUCCAUGAUUUACACCUUCCUCAAAUGCUUGUUCAUUGCAGUUUUGCAGAAACAGGGUAGAGCUCAGUCGGUGGUGAUUUUUGCUAUCGAACUUAUCUUCUGCGUGCUAGUUUGCUGGAUCAGACCAUUUAUGGACAAGAGAACAAACGUUUUCAACAUCACCAUUGCCGUCAUCAACACCAUUAACGCAUUGUUCUUCAUGUUCUUCUCAUACAUUUUUGGUCAGCCCCAGGUUGUGGCUUCCGUCAUGGCUGUGGUGUACUUUGUGUUGAACGCAGUGUUCGCUUUGUUCUUGUUGCUUUUCACCAUCGUCACAUGUGUGCUUGCAUUGGUGUACAAGAACCCAGACACAAGGUACCAGCCAAUGAAGGACGACAGGGUUUCGUUCUUACCUCGUAUCCAUCACAAGGGUGCUCAGCAAAACUCUUCAGACGCCGACGACAUCGAGUUGGUUGCCUUGGGAGCUAGUGCUAUGAAGGGCCACGAGAAUGGUGGCAAGCCUAUUUAUGAUGAUGAGUCCGUUUACGACGAUGACUCCAGCCAGACGAGAAAGGGCAACAGCAAUACAUUUGAGUCAGAGAGCUUCUCUAAGAACUCCUUGAGUGUUGAGUCUGCGGAAGCGCAGCAGCCAGCUUCCACCAUCGUGGGCAACUCUACAAACGCCUACCUGGGAUUCCAGACGCAAUACAGCUCGAACCAGGCUUACGGCAAUGAUGAGGCCCCAUACAGAGGCAAUUACGGCAACAGCUCCCGCCAGAACCAGCACAGUCCGAGCUACAUCUAA